AUGAAUGAUUCUCAGAGUCGCGAGAUGGUCGAUGAAGAUGAUGACACGAUUCAAGAUGCUCCGUCGAUUAAACAGAAAAGAAGGGGAACUCCGAGUGGAAAUGAUUCGGAUAAGAAAAUGGAACAGUACACGGCAACGACUUUUGUUGAAAAAGCUCGCUUCUAUUUGUCGCAAUCACCACCGGAUCUCGUUCAAUCAUCAGAGAAAAUUUGGUUUGCCGCCGUCUAUGCCGUGAAAAAGCUAUUUUUAACUUCUGGAGGUAUUGAUUUAAAAUCCCAUAAAGCUUUAAAUUAUUUCUGUCGAUUUGCGCUUGCUAAUUCUGGAUUACCAACGGAUCGUGGCUUUUUCCUCUUUGACACUUGGACGAAAGCCGAAAAAAUGCACCAAGAUGUGUACGGGUCAUGGAACUUCCGCUCACACGAAUACGCGCAAAUCAUCACCGAUGUUGAGACUUUUGUGAAAGAUUUCGACAAUUUUGAUCAACGGAAGCUAUGGGAUGAAUUCGAGAGGAAAUUUAUCGUCGGAACAGAACAAAAUGUUACGGUUAAAAAGGUAUCUCCACAGACCAUCAAUCUUGGUGGCUUCUGUUUUAAGUCUGAGUACUCCGUUUUCGUUUAA